AUGGCCCGUGUGGUAUAGCCCGUGACUCAAGCACAGGUACACUUUAUAUAGCCGAUACAUACAAUCAUCGAAUAAUGCAAUAUCUUUUGAAUGCUUCUUCGGGUACAGUAGUUGCUGGUGGAAAUGGUGCAGGACCUGGUAUUACACAACUGGCGUAUCCAUAUGGUUUUACUUUUGAUUCGUCCUCAAAUAGUCUUUUAAUUGCUAAUGCUCAAACCAAUAAUAUUGUCCGUUGGGUGUUAGGUGCAAGUAGCUGGACACUCGUCAUUGGCAGUCCUACUGGAUCAAGUGGUAGCACAUCGACACUUAUCAAUCAACCGAUCGGCAUCACAUUAGAUCCAAUAGGCAAUAUCUAUGUAGUUGAUUCAGACAAUCAUCGCAUUCAGUUCUUCGUUGCAGGCCAAUCGAACGGCACAACAAUCGCUGGCGUUACAGGUUCACCUGGCACGAGCCAGAAUCAAUUAAAUUAUCCCUGUUGGGUAAUAGUUGAUAAUCAACUGAAUUUAUAUGUAUCCGAUACUUCUAACAAUCGGGUUCAAUUUUUUUCACAUUCAUAA